AUGAAAACGAGCAAAGACGACAAGGGAUUUCUAAUGGAAUGCUUGAAUUUAAGUUGGAAUAGAUUAUCAGAAGUUUUAGAUUAUAAUUUACCAAUUGGAAAGAAUGCAAUCUAUGUUCCUGCCAAUAUUCGUAACAUUGAUAGUGGUACUAUAAUUCUACCAGAUGAAGAUGUGCUCAUUAUGAAUUCUAGUUAUCCACUCACUCCAAUUUACUAUUCGACAGGUUCUUGGAAUGGAGGAAAUGCACGUUGUGAUAUUGUGAAUCCACCAAAGGUUUUGGCCACUGUUCCAUUUCCAAGUGAUCUUGUGUUGCCAUCUAGUUUGGCUAAUUAUGCUGCUGCCAUAUUGAUGCAAGAUGGACAGACAUUGGUACAGACACAACCAUUGUGUCAUUGUACAAAUAGUACUGCCACAUCAAAUGUAACCUCCAUGACCAAUAUUAUCAAGGUUAAUUUAUAUGGAGAUGGAAGACUUGGAUCUCAUGGAGGAUCUGGAUUGUCAUCUAUUGGAGGAGCUCUUCGAUUGGGAGAGUUAAUUCCAGAUGCUAAUGGAACAGUUCAUCCAGUACUGGAUGACACCUUUUGGAAUGCAAUCAAUAUUGGUACUGAAAUAUCAGCUGAGGGAAGCUAUAAUGAUCAGUUUGAAAAAGCAUAUGGUCUAAAAUUUGGAUCACGUGGUAAUCAGUGGGCACUCGAUGUGAAAUUAUUGUUUUCAAAUAUUUCAGUUGUUGAUAAUUGGAAUAUGGGAAUGUGGCAACAAGUAGCUGCAUCCAAUGGUUCAAUGGGUUCUGGUGGUGGAACUCCUCUUAUGAGCUGGGCUCCACAAUUUUACAAUGGAACAUCAAACCCAAAAACUUCAAUUUCACCACCAUUCAGAAAUGUAUCUAUAAGAAAUAGUUCAAUGGAAAAUGGAGAAUUGACUCUUCAAGCAUUUGGUCAUCAAAUCAUUGUGUUUAUGAUUUGUUUCAACAGCAUGAUGUUCAACUACAAGACAAUUUCUGGAUCAUCCACAACAACAAGCCUUCCGAGUAGUCUACUUUCAUCAUCAAUGGCUGCUUCCUCUCAUCAUUUACAUAAUCCUCUCUCCAUCCUAUCUUCAUUACCAUCUACCAUAGGAGGAACAACAUCAAUCCAUAACAAUGUAACUAGUGCUUUUCCUAUUGGACAACAAGCAACACAACAAGCAAUUUGUCUUGAAUGUGCCUUGGCAUUCCUGUUUGAUAAGAGCCAAUUAUCGUUGAGGAAGAUUAAACUAUUAGAUGUGUUGAAGCAACUUCUUUGUCCUUCUUCCUCGGCCAUGAUUAUAUCUUCACUAGCCUCUGGGAUGAAUCCUAAAAUCAAUUCAAUGGUCAAUGAUUUGGAUCAUGUAGGUCCUUUGUUACUUUCCACUUGUUUGAAAGCUAUCCUUCCUGCUUCAUCAUCACUCGUGUUGGACAAUAGUCAAGGAGGCUUGAAGACUAAAUCAGCAUACCAAGCAUCAUCAUUGGGAGAGAACAACAUACUUGAAGAGGUUAUUCGCUUAUGGUUGGAAAUUGUUCCAACUGAUAAGUUACUUUCCAGAGAUUUUCCUCUAAUUGUGCAAGUGAUGUGUGGAAUAAGUGAAGAACAACAACAAUUUGGUGAUGUUUGUGCCAACUUUCUCUGUUUAUUAGUUGACAAGAUUUGUAGAAGUCUUCAAUCUGAAGAUUGUUGGAAUGUAGUGAACAUACCUGUGGAAGCCUUCUCUUCACUGCUCAUCAUCCUCAUCAACAACUUUACUUCCAAUCAGCUAUCAUUCAACAAGACGGAAAAUGAACAAAAGUCUGAUGUUCUAUUCAUCAUAUUGAAAUUAUGCCAAAUUAUUCAACUACACAGUGAUUGUACUCGAAUUGCACAUGGUGUGUGGAACAACAAAUCCAAUGAGACAUUCAUUGACACUGUUCUUGCUUGUUUGUUGAAGGCUGAGGAUGAAGAUCUUCAUAUUAAUGCUUUGGCUGUUUUGCAUUGUCUUGUUAGGUUUGACAGGGAGGCUCUUGAUGUACUCUCCAUCAUUGACUACCAAAGAUUAAUUAAUGCUCUCAUAUCAGUGAUUCUCUCUCCAAACAUUUCCAUACAAAUUAUUUGCAACCAACUCAUACUGGAAUGCUCAACAAAAAGUCAAGAUGCCAGAGUUCAAUUUUUAAAUUCAGAUAUUAGUGACUUUCUUUUUGAAGCUCUUAACAAGGAUGCUACUGGAGAAAUAAGCCCAUCAAUUUUAGCCAUAUUUCACUCCCUUUUGGUUUCUGGAAACAAUUUGGUUGGUACUAAUUUUUUGCAUAAUUUCCAAGAGUUAGGUAUUACAGCAUUGUUAAAGAUUUUUCCAUCCAAAGUUGAAACUAUUGACCACUUGAAUUUGUCAAAUAAUAUUCUGAGCAUAUUUUACAUGUACUAUUUGAAUAGUGUAGAAUUUGGCCUUACUACCCAGAAAGACUUUCAAAAUAAUUUCAAUUCAUUGUGCGAACAGAUCAGUAUCACAAUAAUUAAUUUUCCUAGUGAUGUUGUAAAGGAGAUGGUUACAACAAUUGGCUUGAAUUUCAAGACUCUCUGUGAGAUUUGCUAUAUGUUCAUACAACAAUCUACACUCGAUACGAGUAAACUGGUACACCAUUUAACAGUAUUAUUUAGCACUAUUUUGAAAAAUGGAGUUUUGGAUGAAGUUGAAGAGGGACUUGCUACUUUUAUGAUUUGUGCUAUUGGGCUUGGAAGAUUGAGUGAAUUUCAACAAUCAGAUUUGUUAUCAAGAAUUGAUGAGCUCAUUCUUGAGCAUGUUAAUAUCUCUGAGAGUCUUCAUGAAAGAUUUUUGAGAACAUGUCACGACUAUUUCUAUCAAAGACUUGUUCAACAAAAAAGGGCCAGUAUUCUUGAUUAUCUAUUGCAAAAGAAAUUUGUAUCAUUAUCUAUUAAUUCAUCCUGUGAAAUGACACUUGCUCACAAACAGCUAUUAGUCCUAGUAUUGCACUCUAGUGAUUUAUUGGAUUCACCUGUAGAGAGCUCCAUAUUGGAUCAGAUUGAUUUUUCUCCAACUAGCAUUGUUGGUAUGUUACGAAGUGAUCUUUGUGCAUUAGGAAUUGCUCUUUUACAUUACACCCUUUUUAAUAAUGAAAUUAUUACACCACUGAAUACAUUAUUGUCCACUAUUUCAACAAUGAUUCUUGAUAAGAGCCUUAGUAAUUUGAGCACUCUUUCCAGGCUCAGACUUUCCGAACUCUUUGUUGGUCUUUCCUUACAUUAUUCUUUCGGCACAAUUCCCUCCACAAUAUCUAACUUGGUUCUGGGUUGGUAUCUGGAGUGUAUGAAGUUGACAAAUUUUUCCUUCAAGGAGAGAACCUCACUCUUUGUAAAAUGGGCUUCUCAACAGGAGAGCACAACAAGUGGUAUUACACGUACCUUAUUAUCUGGUCUUAUCAACAUGCAAUCACAUAGCCAAGAGUCGUAUUUGCUUGGUAUUUUAAAGGAUGCCAGAGUGGAUCUUGUACCAACUCUAGUUUCACUCUUUAUGGAAAAUUCAACAUCGAAAAAUUCAACUACCCAAUUCUUGAGAAUACUGAGCGAAUACUUCACAACAGAAGCACUGGUUCAUGAGAAGGACUCUACACUUGUCAUUCAGAAAAUAAUAGAACCUACUUUGAGUAAUAUUUAUAUUUCACUCAAGAAGGGAUGUAACACCAACCUUACAUCAACUCUUGAUGAGAUUACUAAAUGCACUAGCAUCAUAUUGGAUUUCUCGAGAAGUGUUGUUUAUCUCUCAACUAUUUUUAAUCACUAUUCUAAAAUAUUUCAUUCUCUUUCAGACCUAAAGCUAGAUUUGAAGACUAUUGGCCUCACUAUGAAUAUACUAACGAAAAUUAUCUACUUGAUAAGAUCAGCAGAUGAUAAUGGCAUUUCUUUACAGAGACUCUCUAGCUUUCAAGUCAAAUCCAACUUGACAAGGUCACUUCAAUCCAUAGAGAAAUUACUCACUUUAUUUGAUUCAGAGAAUAUUGCAAGUGGUUUUAUUAUUAGCAUCUUUCAACUCAUAACAGCCUUGCUUCGUAGUAUGGUGGGAUCAAGCGAAGAGAAUUCCCAAAUUUGUGAAACAUUGUUGAAAUUUACCAUUCAAUAUUUGAAUAAUGAUUCUCCACUUUUAAGAAUUCUUUCAACAUGUACAUUCCACACAAUAUUGUCAACAAGUAGCAAGAUUGAUCAUUCGAAAGUUUGGAGUUUUACCUUGGCUUAUUCAUUACUGAAUAAUAUUUUAAGUGUAAGUACAAUCAUAUCUUCAGUGUCGACUAAUAUUUUUUGA